UCAAAGUUGAAUAAGGUUGGAUCAUCAUAGAAAUGUUGCACUCCUCACAAUUGAUUAUUGCACUACUAAUAGCGUUCACAAAUCUAGCGCCAGCCGCAUCGCAUCAAUUCAUGAAAUGUAUUACGAAUACUGAUAAUGAGUGCAUUUUUCGAGAUGUUCACCUAGUGAACAGUGCGAAUCACUCUGUUACCCUUGAGCUUCCCAGUCCAUCCAACAUUUCCGUGAUUAAAUUCGUCGACUCGUCCAUUGAUUGGAUUUCCUCGGCACUACUAGGUAAUAUCGGAGUGGUGAAGUCUAUCGAGCUGACCGGUGCAGGAGUACUAGCAGUCCAACGAAAUGCAUUUCUGGGAAAAGAUGAGCUUGAGGAUUUAAAUCUAUCGAAGAACUCACUCGUCGUUCUAUCCUAUGGCAUCUUUGACAAUACGAUCCAACUGAAGCGACUGGACUUAUCCGACAAUAAUAUACGAGACCUGUCCGAUCAUCUACUGGAACAUUGCCCGGAACUGACAUGGCUAAACCUGAAAGGAAACUCAAUCAGUGAAAUUUCCCGGAAGUUUCUUUGGAUUCCUCGGGAGUUGUCGUUUCUAAGUUUAGCUGAUAAUAGAAUCGAAAAGCUACCGAGUGGCACAUUCAGACUUCUGGCAAACUUGACAACACUUGAUUUGAGCGACAAUUUUCUUCAAGAGCUGAUGUAUGACACAUUUGAAGGACUUCAUUCGCUAGAACGGUUGGAUGUUUCUAGCAACUUGAUUGAUAAAGUGAGUGCAGGGAUAUUCCAGGAGAUGCCUUUGGUGACAGUUAUUUCGAUGGCUUGGAAUUUUUUGAACGAGCUGCCACGCGGAAUAUUCAACAAUCUCCAUAAGCUAAGUGAGUUGGAUUUGCAAGGUAAUCGAAUAGCGCAACUCGAUGAGCAUCUGUUUAGAAGUUUAUUGAACCUUCAAAGCAUAUCGCUUGCUAGCAAUAUAAUAACCGAUUUUCCAGUCAAACUAUUCACUGAUCAAAUCAAUUUGAAAAAUAUUGAUUUGAGCCAAAAUAGACUUAGCAGAGUUCCAAAAGAAGUUGUCAGUCGAACGGGUACUGAUAUUAGGCUGCAAAAUAAUUUCAUUACAGUUGUUAAAGCAAAUGACUUUUCAGAAACUUCGGGUACUUCAUCAGUUUCCUUAUAUGGUAACGUAAUUGUUGCUCUUGAGGAUGAGUCGUUCGACGGGUUAACUAAUCUAACUGAGCUGUAUUUGGAUUACAAUGAUUUGACUGAAAUUCCUAUCACCAUUUUCAAAAGCAACCCUAUCCUGAGUCAUAUCACUAUGUCUCGGAACCAUAUUUCCACUGUCAGAACUAACACAUUCGCAGGGCUAUCAAAACUAAAUUCUGUGGACUUAUCAUCAAAUGAAAUUUCGGAUAUCGAAGAAGGAGCGUUUUAUGGUUCAACAAUCACUAGUUUAUUUCUCGCAAACAAUCAGUUAGAGUGGAUUGAUGCUAGCACAUUUCGAGGACUGAAGUUGCUACACUUGGAUUUAGCUGACAAUAAACUAAAGCUGAUUUCUGGUGCAACUUUCGAAAAUCAACCAUUGUUAGAAACAAUUGCCUUAAAUAAUAAUAACAUCGAAGACAUAUCAGAAGAAUCAUUUUCAAGUCUAUCAAAUCUGCUAUAUCUAGAUUUGAGUAAUAAUGCAAUAACCAAACUCUACGACAGCACUUUUUAUAGUACAACGAUGUUGGAAACAAUCAAUUUAUCCAAUAAUGUUGUGAACAAUUUAAAUUUAAAACUUUUCGAAAAAAUAUUAAGGUUACGUAGUUUUGAUUCAAGCAGCAAUAGAAUCAAAUUUUCAGCAGCAAAAGAAUUUAGUUUACCGUUGCUUUCUAAACUAGAGACAUUGAAAUUAAGUUUUGAGUUUUUGAAUUCAGAAAUCAAUCUUCCCGCACUGAAAUCAUUGCACAUCGAUUCACUAGAACAUAAAUCUAUCCAUGAAUCAUUAUUGGCAUUGCUUCCGACGUUGGAAGAAUUAAAAAUCACAAAUUCUUCAAUUGAAACCCUCCCGAAUCGAUUAUUGCAUCAACUUAUUACACUUAGCCAGCUUUCGUUGGUUAAUAACUCGUUAACGACAAUUCCAGAUACAUUUUUCGAUCACUGCCCAAAUCUCAGCAUUUUAGAUCUGACGGGAAAUCAUCUAGAAGUUGUAAAUCCUAAUUGGUUUAAAAAUUUAGACAAACUGACAACACUUUCUUUAGCUUACAAUCGCAUCCAUGGGGUACCACAUGAUGCCUUCCGUGGUUCGAAAUCGCUUACAUCUCUUUCAUUAAAAGGCAACAUGAUCAAAUCUAUUGCACCCGAAAUUAUGCCAAACACUUUAAUUUCUUUGGAUAUUUCCUUAAAUCAUUUUAGCAAAUUACACAACGAUUUCUUUCGAACUUUUACUAAACUAGAGGCGGUGGAUGUUAGUGAAAAUCAGCUUACUGAAAUAGUCAUCGUUCCCAACAUACGCGUAAUGUACGCUUCGAAUAAUCGAAUCUCUACAAUUCAUUACGAUCCAUUUGGAAAAUUUAAUAUUGAUACCCUACAUCUCGCCCACAAUCGGCUCUCCAACGGUAGCGGUCUUGUGCAGUUAACCAAAUUAAAUAGCCUGGAUUGUUCGAAUAACACGGGAAUCGACUUGGAUUGGCGCCAACUGCACAAACUCAAAAAUUUAUUGACUCUGAAUAUUUCGUCAACUGGUCUCCGGCUGCCAACAGAUAAAAUAACAGCUACAAAUCUACUGACACUGGAUUUAAGUAAUAAUCAGUUGAAAGAUUUGCCAAUCUCUUUCACCAAAGCGAUACCAAGAGUUACAGAGUUACAUGUACAACAAAAUAAUGCUUUAUCAAUUGGUAAAUCCAAGCGCGCUUUACAGAAUCUGAAAAGUUUACGGUUUAUAGAAGUCGGUAAAAUUGAUCGCAAUAUGCAAUCAUAUUUCAAAUCAAUACACGUGGAAGGUGUCUAAUUAGUCUGGAUAGAGCCCUCACUGCCAACUUUUUUCCGUUAAUCGUUAGUAUAAAAUGUAGUUAUGUUUUCAGGUCAAAUAAACGUGAAUGCUU